AUGGCGGAAAGCACCGCCGCCGCGCCUGGUGAUGCUGCCGCCUCACCUGACGUCGCAGCUGCCGCUGCACCUGCCGCUGAUGCAGCAACCGAGUCGGCCCCUUCAGCGAGCACAACAAGCGCCGGUGACAGCAGCAGCGGGACCGGCGGGACGGAUAGCAGCGGGACGGGCAACAUCGGGAGCAGCGGGACCAGCGGCACGGCGACGAGCACUAGCUUUGCACCGUCAUUUAACGAGACUUCCACGGCAUCGGAGGGCUCGUACUCUCUAGAUGCGGCGCGGUGGGUGUGGCCCACGGCGAACGACCCCAACGCGGAGAACCUGAUCCACUCCAUCCUCUCCAGCUGGUGCGGGGAGACGUACGUGGACGCGGUGAAGGACGCGUCGACGCGUGCGGGGCAGUUCGACCGCCUGCGCAGCGAGCGCGACCAGCGCUACGCGGAGUGGCUGCGCUGCAACCAGGAGCGCAGCAUCCGCGAGCGAGAGCUGGAGAUGGAGUGCGAGCGCGAGCGGCAGGUGGUGGCGAGCGCGUUCGACCGCGAGCGCGUGGGCAUCCGCGCGGACUGUGACACUGACGCCAAUGCCAUCCGCGCCGAGCUCGAGCACUGCGAGAUCCGGCUGAAGAAGAAGGGAGCGGGCAGCUGUCAGAAGGACGUGGCGGCGGAGCGGUCGGCGUGCGAGCAGGCGAAGCGGGGGCUGCAGGAGGAGCUGGAGGCGUGCGAGGCGACGGGGCGCGUGGCGAACGUGAGCCGCGUGGUGGCGCUGGAGCAGGCCGCCGUGCACGCGGGAGAGGAGCGCGUGGCGUGGACGGCCGAGAGGAAGACUCUCGUUACCGAGGUGCACGAGUGCAGGCCGGCGCAGGUGAGGGCGCAGAGGCGGCUGAACGAGGUGUUGACGGACGGCAAGGUGCAGUCGCUGGAGAAGAAGGUGACGCUGCUGCAGACCGUCAUGCUCUCGCUCUUCCUCGUGCUCGGCCUCACUGGCGGCGGCAUCACCGUGCUCUUCAUGCGCGAGAAGCCGGGCGGGGUGGAGGGCGGGUACGGGUGGAUACCGGUGAUGGCGCCGGCGCGGCUGCGGCUGGUGGACGCGGAGGGCGCCAAGGAGCUGCUCGUGGACGCCUUUGAGGGGGGGAAAGGGUCCCGCCUCGCCAUUGUUCUCGCCACUGACGUCGACUUCGGCCGCGAGCGAGGAGACGACCCCCCCACGGUGUACCUGCUGGUGCCCAUCAACAUCACCAGCUCGCGCCGCUUCUCUCUCUUCAACCAGGGCGGUGACUACACGCACCACGUGGAGCGCGCUCAGGAGAUAGUGAACCGGCAGGCACCGAAUGCGCGGCUGGUGGUGGUGCUGUACGAGGCGGGAGGGUGUGUGUUCACAGAGGCCACGCUGCAGAGCCUCAGACUCACCGCUGACAAGUGCUGCUCCUUGCUGUGUCAUGGCCUCAUGGCCGCGUGGCCUCAUGCUGCUACAACCACACCACCAUGCAAGCCACUCAUGCGCACUCUCCUACUCAUGCGCACUCUCCUACUCAUGCGCACUCUCCUACUCAUGCGCACUCUCCUACUCAUGCGCACUCUCCUACUCAUGCGCACUCUCCUACUCAUGCGCACUCUCCUACUCAUGCGCACUCUCCUCCUCAUGCGCACUCUCCUACUCAUGCGCACUCUCCUACUCAUGCGCACUCUCCUCCUCAUGCGCACUCUCCUACUCAUGCGCACUCUCCUACUCAUGCGCACUCUCCUACUCAUGCGCACUCUCCUACUCAUGCGCACUCUCCUCCUCAUGCGCACUCUCCUACUCAUGCGCACUCUCCUACUCAUGCGCACUCUCCUACUCAUGCGCACUCUCCUACUCAUGCGCACUCUCCUACUCAUGCGCACUCUCCUACUCAUGCGCACUCUCCUACUCAUGCGCACUCUCCUACUCAUGCGCACUCUCCUACUCAUGCGCACUCUCCUACUCAUGCGCACUCUCCUACUCAUGCGCACUCUCCUACUCAUGCGCACUCUCCUACUCAUGCGCACUCUCCUACUCAUGCGCACUCUCCUACUCAUGCGCACUCUCCUCCUCAUGCGCACUCUCCUACUCAUGCGCACUCUCCUACUCAUGCGCACUCUCCUACUCAUGCGCACUCUCCUCCUCAUGCGCACUCUCCUACUCAUGCGCACUCUCCUACUCAUGCGCACUCUCCUACUCAUGCGCACUCUCCUACUCAUGCGCACUCUCCUCCUCAUGCUCGCCCGUUCCUCCCUCCCCCCUCCCCCUCUCCCUGCCCCCGCCACCACAGAUAGCGUUUGA